AUGUACGAGAAACAUCAACAUCUGCUGUGGGUUGGAGUGUUGCUGGUGGUGAGUGGGUGUUUGUGGGGUUGUGAGGCGACGGGUGAGCGGGUGUCGGGUGCGACAGGACGCAGGUUAACCCACGGUGUGACCGCCCUCCACCACAACCACCUGCUGCAACCGAGUGGUUCAAGCGAAAGCGUAAAAUUAGCACCCACAGGCGUAGGGCAACACGUGCCCUUUGUCGCGGCGUGGCGCUUGUCCCCCACCGUCGGUACCCCGCUGGCCGUAGGUUGGGGAAUGCGGAGACCACUGGCCAAACCAUCGGUGGGACCGGCAGCAUCUCCUGGACGGAGUCGCAUCAACAACCGGUCGAUGACGCGCUUUGCCGAGGUUGAAAUUCCGGCCGGCUUGGAACCGCAGCUGGCCGCACCGGAACCGGCGAGUAGUGGCGUUGAUCCGACGGAGGCGACCGGGCUGAUGGAGCUGUACCGAAGUGCGGAGCGAUCUCGCGGGAUUGAGGACUUCUUCUGGAAGUACUUCGUCGACAAUGAUGUGUCCGCCUCCAUCUCCGAUGAUGAUGACGACGACGACAAUGAGGUGGAUGGUGAGCAAGCUGGUGGGAAGGAUGAAGCCGAGGAGGAGGGCGACAGGAACGAGAAGUUCGCGGGAACCGCCCUGCAAACGGCCAAGACUCCGGAGGGCCGCAAGAAGAAGUUCCACAUCAAGAAGAAGUACAAAAAGUUUCUCAUCCCGUUGCUGCUGGCGUACAAGAUCAAGUUCCUGGCGCUUGUGCCGGCCAUCAUCGGGGGGCUGAUACUGCUGGUGAAGGCGGCCGGAUUGGCCGGGUUCUUCUUCGCGUUGUUCACCGCCGUCGUCAGCCUCAAGAAGUACUAA